AUGGACUUGAACGCGUCCAGCAACAAACUGAUCUGCGACGUGUGCGGUGAUGUGGCCUUUGGCAAGCAUUACGGUAUCAAUGCGUGCAAUGGAUGCAAAGGCUUUUUCCGACGAAGCGAGGGAAUGUUUGUUUGUAGUGUAUGGAGUCGUCGGCAAUACUCAUGCCGUUUCGGUGGUGACUGUCCGGUGGUGAAAGAACAUCGUAAUGUGUGUCGUUCUUGCCGACUGAAAAAAUGCUUCGAAGUUGGAAUGAAUCCGGAUUCUGUACAAAACGAGCGAGAUCGAAAUGUGAAGUCGGGCACGACAUUACCGGUGACUCCGUUAACUAACGGUGUGUUUAAACGUAAACGAAUCAGACCACAGUUAAGUGAACAAGCCAGUCAAACUGAGAUUCAGCCGAUGAGUCCAUCACAAUCGACCGAACCUCAAGUGAAAGUGGAAAGGGUGCCGACACCUGAAUGCCAUGAACUGCCCACACCCAGUUCCUAUGAUACUUUCAACAUUCCUGAAACGUUAAUGACGCUUGAAAAUCAGGUGUUUUCUCAUACUCCUAUUGAAGCUGAUUAUUCAAUAAAUGCCACAAAAACUCAGAUAAACUUGCCAUUUGAGGUGGUGUUCCGACGACCGAUGUUGGUGAGCCCUCGCUAUCCAAUGAGGUUCACCGGUGAGCGAAUAUUGACGCCGGAAGACUUGAUUGAUGGAUGGCGUCGUCAUUUCACCUACUAUUCGGAUUGGUGUCGUGGAUUAGAAGAGUUCCAAAUGUUGAACGAGAAAGACCAGGAUAUUUUGGCUAGGAGGCGACUGAACUUACAUGGGUGGUUGAGUCACUCGUACUACUCAAUGAAAUGUGGCGCUCCCGGUCUCUGUUUUGCUAAUGGCGCAUUCCAUCCAGUUGAUGGCGGACAUCCGAGCAUUGUCGACUUCUACAAGCAGUGCAUGCCGCGUUUGAUGAGUUACGUUAUUGGUCCGAUGCGAUCGAUGGCUAUGGAUGAUGUGGAGUUCGUUCUUCUGAAGGCUAUCAUGUUCUUCGGAGAAGAUUUCGGUCUCAGUUCGGAAGGAAGAUCAGUGGUGACAAAGGCUAAAGAGCGUUUUCUAAACGCGCUUUACGUCUAUGUGAGAAAUCAAAAGGUGGACAACGCACCACAUGCCACAUGCCGAGUAGCCAAGUACAUGAUCAUGCUCUCUACGCUCACUGCUCUUUGCCACCUGAUGAACGAAGAAGUACAGAUGACGAGCCUUUUCAACAUAAUCGAGUUUGAUGAGCUUAUACAAGCCUGCCACAAAACCAGUCCAGCAAUUUGUGCGUCUUCACCCCGAUGA